UGCGUUCUUGAUAUAAACCGUAGUCAAAUUGACUACCUUUAUCCAGAAUUAUGGCAGAGGCUAGGGUUUAUCAAACUCUACAUGCACAAGUUUGUUUUGCUCCUCAUCUGCUCUGUCACUCUGCAUUUUCGCUCUCGCGCCAUCACCCUUCGAGGCCUUCGAGGUCUUCGAGAUCAGUCUAAUUGCGCACGGGCAAGAGAUCAAAUUUUGAGGAAUUGACAGGAACAAUUGGGAAUCAUGGCCGACUAUGCAGAAGAGCAGGAAAUGGAGAUCGAUGCCUUACAGGCCAUACUCAUGGACGACAUUGUAGAGUUGAAUAGUAACGAGAGCGGCCUCCACACGACUGCCCGCUGUUUCCAGAUCACAAUAUCUCCUAAGGAUGAUGAUGAAGAUGAGCCAACGGAUAUACCAGUUCGGUUAGCCUUGGUGUUUGCACAUACACCCAACUAUCCAGAUGAACCGCCUCUUUUCGACGUUAGAAGUUUACAAGGUGUAAAAGUUUCCGAUGUGAAGGAACUGAAGGAGAGAUUGCAGAAAGAGGCCACCGAGAAUCUGGGCAUGGCCAUGAUCUAUACCCUUCAUACUUCAGCUAAAGAAUGGCUUCGGGAGAAGUUUGGCCAAGAUCAGGGAGAUUUCAAUUCAGAUGAUGAAGAUGAUAUCGAAAAGGAAGAUAUCAUCGAACCCCAUGGAGAGGCAGUCACCGUCGAAACCUUCCUAGCGUGGAGAGAAAGAUAUGAAGCAGAACUUGCUCUCGAGAAGGCAAAAUUGAUGCCCGAAGCUGCCCUUUUAGCCUCGAAGGAGAAAAGAAUGAGCGGACGAGCUUGGUUUGAGAGUGGAAGAGCUUCAGCAUCGAAGGGAGCAAAGAUCGUGGCUGGAGAUAGUGAAGAAGAAUUGGAGGAAGAAGAUCUUGACUUCGAUGAUGAUUUUGACGACGAAGAUCUCGAUGAGGAGGAUAUGCUGGACCAUUUCCUUUCCGGUAGAUCAGACAAGACACCCGUGAGGAGUUGAGGAUAGUCAAGUUCGGCGUGUACGUGGUGUGGAGAAGUCCGUUGUUUCCAACUGUUACCAGAAUGUUGAUAAUAUGCAUCACAUCUUUGCCUGGUACCACUCUACACAUUUCUUCGAGCAGUUAUCAGCUUUAUGUCCAAAAGAAGUUAAAGAGCUUUGGGACCGAUGAUGUUAAAGCAUUCACGUGUUUCAGGGAUUGAGUGGGCAACUAUAAUCUUUUGAAAGAUCUUCUUAACAGCUGUCGAGUACCCUUGGCAAUCGCUGAUUGUACGGAACCUAUGUAGAGGUCAAGGUAUUCGCUUCAAGGAGAACCACUGAGUUAUUGAGUCUGGCAUUAUACAUGAAACUCCUCCUUGUACACUUGAGUCACUAAGAAGAAGAGCGGUUGGGGCAAGCAGUAGGAGUCUCCAAGUAUAUACCCAUGGUAAUCUACCAUUUUACGGGCCUCACUUUUGUGAAGGCUUAGAGAGUCAUGCAAACUGUCACUCGUAGUUUAAGAUAUGUUAAUGCAUCGGCUAUUCAGGUCAUCUUGGUUGUAUGUAGUAAAGCGGUUACGUCCGUUGCAAACAUGUAUGGAUAUUUUUCCUUGUCAGAAUUCUAUGAAAAUCAAAACAGUGAUAUUGGUC